CAAGUAACAGCUGUCAGUGCUCGAAGCGAAAAUUUAUUAGUUAAGGCGUCUUUUUUGUAUAUGUAUAUUUUGUGAUGGCGCCGCCGCCCAAUAAACUUGCUGUGGACCAGGCUAGCAAUACGGGCCGCAGCAGUGGGAGCAACAACAGCCAGGUCACCAAUUCCGUGGGCACUGGUACCGGCGCAGUGCCCAAACAGCAGCAGCAGCAGCAAUACACAGGAUCUGCACCUGCCAACAGAUCGGCACGUUCCAGACGCCAUCAAGAGCAUCUGGGAGAGCCAGACAUGGACUUUGUGGAGCCUCUGCAGAGGGAAACACUAAAAACAUUGAAUGAUCUGCUGCAGCGAACUCGCAUCAGCAACGGCCAGACCCGCUCCCAGGAGGAACAACAGUCCGCCAUAUCGACAACCACAUCGCCAGGAGUUCAGCAACACCAGCGGGAGGCACUGCGUCAUUUGGCUGCUGAGCACAACAGCUACGACCCAACAGAGCAAUUGCAGGAGCAGCAGCAGCGCUAUUGCUUUCCCGUCCGGCCCGUUCAGCGUGUCCAACAUCAGCCGUCAUCUGCUGCCCCGCCUUCCGCGUCAUCGGCCUUGCUCCGUUUGCGUCAAUCGACGCCCCCGAAUGCGACAGUAGGCGUGGUCAUACCCAACGCGACCACAACCAACGGCAACGAGGAGCACUUGAUUCAGUUCGCCGGCGGACUGCAGACGCUUGUCCAGCGAUUGCUUGGCGUCGCCUUGGGCCCCAGAGGUGAAGGAGCUCGCCCACAGCUUGAAGUGUUUCGCUCCCUGAUAGAAUUCGAUGAUAAUUUGAUCAGCAGCAGACUGCAAUCGAACGGAAUCUCAGCCGAGCAACUGAAGAACAUGGUGCACGAGAUCAAUCCCAGCGCCGAGCAGGAGGAGGGCAUUGUCAAUUCGACCAGCCUGGAGGAUGUGGCAUUGAGUGAGAUGAGCGACAAUCGUGCCCAGUCGAUACAAUCGCUGCAUAGCGUCCUGGAGACGCCCACGCCCGAUGCCGCGCCCAGUUUCGAUGAGUUGCAGCAGCGGCUGGAUGCCUCCAAUCGCAAUAUGCAGCAUCUACAGGAUGAGCAGGCCAAACUGCUGCACAUUCAGAACAUGGCCAAGUCACAUCUCAGCGAGAUGGAGGAGCUGCGCCAGCACGCCAGCCACAUGCCCCACUCGAGCAACGGCGGCGAGGGGCCCAACUAUGAGUCGGUGCAACAGGUGCAAGACGACAUGGCCUCGCUGGUGGGACGCAUGAAAAACCUCACCGCAUUUAUACACAAUCAAAACGAACUGAGCAGCGUUUUGGGCGACGAUGGUCCGGAGAUUCUGGCCGAGCAGCAGGCCCUGCAGGACAAGCUCGAAUCGUUGCGCAGUCAGCGCGAGGAUAUGCGUAAUCUUGUCGACCAACUGAACAGCAUCAAUCAAACGGCCAAGGAGUCCAGGCGCGCAGUGAGAGAAGCCAAAGACGACACUCCAACGCCGGCUAAUCCGGCUCCAGCUCCAGCUCCUGCUUCUGCUCCAGUGUCCACCACCGAUCGUGUGGUGCCCGUGGAGUAUCAGCGGAAUGUGCCCAUUCUGCGGCAGGAAGCGGCCAAUGCCGCUCAACGUGCGUUCCACUCCCAGACGAUGAUAAACCAAAAGACGGCAGACAUUGAGGCCCUCAAAGCCCAAAUGGCACGGCUCAAGGGCAUGCUGAACACGGUCAGCCAGAUUGAGGACUCAACGCCGAGCGUCGGUGCUCUUUUGGAGCGGGAGAAUGCGAGCAUCGAACGACAGCUGCUGCCAGACGAAAUUAGCCAUCGUGUCCACACCCUCAACGAUGUCACGUCGGAGCUGAGGGCCGAGGCAGCCAGCCUGCAAAAGGAACGCGACCGUAUCUUGGCCUUGAAGGCGGAGAUCGAGCGACGCAAGCAGCAGGCAGCCGCCGCCGUACAGAUGGGCGAUGAGGCGCUCAAGAGAAACAGCCUGACACCGACACCCACGCCCAUGAGGCAGCGUGAGGCAGCGCAGGAGGAGGAGCCAUCCGAGGUAGAGACCUCCCUGCAGGCCAGUCCGCCGCGUGAGCAACUGCGCGACGAAUUGCGACUGCAGUGCGAGCGUCUGCGGAAGGAGUACGAGCAGAAGCAGCGCGAGCUCGAGAAGCGGUACAUGAACAGCAACAACACCACCUCGGAGGCAGACGACGAGGGCAACGACGACACCGAUAGCGACAAGUACUUUGCCAAUGUGCGCACAGCUUCCUCGGCCACCCUCAAACGUGCUCCCUCGGCCAGCACUGUGGUGGAGCAGCGACGGUCGCAGCCAACCAACAACCCACCGCCUCCUCCUAUGCACAACGAGGAGGAUUUGAAUGUGACCAACGAUACGUUGUCGUUGGGCAACGACAGCCUGCUCUCGAGCAGCGUCAGAUCGCAGUAUAUGCCACCGCCCAUGGCGCCAGUACAGGGUAUGUGGGCCUCGCACAAUGCCAGUAGCAAUGCCUGGCACGCUCAGCAGCCCUCCCUCAUCUAUGCCCAACCGCAUCCCAGCAACGUGGAGUGCAAGCCAGCGCCGACUGCGCCACAGGCCGCAUCCUCGAAUGCCUCCGGCUCGAAUGCAUCGGCCGAUGCCGUGAUGCUUCAGCAGUUCAUGCAGGCCCAGCAGAUGCUUAUCAACUCGGUGUGCCAAUGCAAUCAGACCUUGUGGCACCAGCAGCGCGAGAUUGAUAACCUUACCAAUCAGCUGCAUGCGCUUCAGGAUCGCUUCAAUGUUGUGGGAUGUCAGGACCAUAGCUACGACUUGCGCUCAGAGUCUGUGCCGCCGCCGAACCUGUCGGUGGGUACUCCCAUUCUGGGCCAGAUUCCCAACAACUUGUGCCUGGGCCACCACCGUGCUCAGUCGGAGCAGUUGUUCACUUUCGGUGGUCACCAGAGCGGCCAUCAGAGCGCCUUUAGCAACUAUCAGCGCAUGUGUCCCCGCAAGACGGGCACCACAGGAAGCGUUUACAACACCAGUAGCGAUGCCCACCAGCAGCAGCAGCCGUUCCUCAAUAAUGCGGCCCCACCACAGCCGCCGCCACCGACACACUUCAACAACGAGACGCCGCUGUCGCCACCCUCAUAUCGCGCCAGUCCGGGACCCAUUUUCAUGAAUCACCACAACAACACCAUCCACCAGAACAACGCGAAUUUGCGCACCCAGAAUCAGUAUGCCAACAAUUUGCAUUCGUUGCCAGUGGGCGGAGGAACAGCUGUGGCACCACCGCCACUGCAGCCGACGCUGAACAAUCAGGUGCCGCCCGGCAAUCGUGCUAACAACUACUGGGACAACUUCAGAAGCUACUCGCGCCAGAAUCUGCUCUCCAACAAGAGCAAUGAGGAGCUGAAUGUGGACCAUCAGCAGUAUCGCCGUCAAAGGUCGCGUCUCACCUAUUUUCCGACGCAUGGUGCUGUGCCAUGCACGCGCAGUAGCGCCUCCGCUGCCGCACUCCUGUCUUUCCAACAACAGCCGCAGCAACAGCAGCAGCAGCAGCAACGGCAGCACCAUUUCUUUGAGUCAUCUCCACUAACCGCUUUGCAGCAUGGCAGCAGCAACAGUAAUAACCUAAACAAUACCACCAGUGCGGGCAGAAAGCGGGACUGGCGGGACGAUCCACAGCUCGGGGAUGAGGACUUGGACGAGGUGGAGGAGAACAAUGAUAAUGCCAUCUAUGGCGGUGGCAGGCGACGUAAUCGUCGCCGUCCGGCGGCCUCCCCGCUGCUCGAUGACGAUGCCGAUCAGUCGAGCUCUUCCAAUUUGGUCAACAUGAACGUCAACUUUGGCAACAGUCCGCUGUAUCAGCGGAACAAGGUGCCAGCCAAGCCCACAACCUCGGCCGUUUCACUAACCCCACUACAGCAGCGUCAUCUGCGCUUUGAUUUCGAGCUUCCGGCCCAAUACAUCGACUACAAUCUGCCUCAGGCCGCCGCUGCUGUGCCAGCGGCUCCUCCCAUCGAUACUUCCAGCUACAAUCAGGAGGGGGGAGUGCCAGCGGAUGAGUCCAAUGCUUUGGAGCAGAGCGAGGAGACCGCCUCCGAGGAACUCAAUCGGAAUCUGCUCGUUAAUGCACUGAAAAACGACAAGUUCACGACCAAGUUCUACGAGUCCAUCAAGGAGGAUGUCUACAGACGCUUGGAAACAUUAUUCGAGCAGCAGCAGCAGCAACAACAACAACAGCAACAGCUGCAGCAGAGCCAGGAGACGCACAGCCUGAAGAAGGCCCUCAAUCAGGGUACUUCUGCGCCUGAACAGGCCCAGGAGCAGGAUAACGAGGCGGAGAAUGAAGCUUCUAAUGCGGAGGGCACAGAGAGCCGCAGCGAAACGCCUUUGGAGGCGAUGAGUCUGCAGUUGGACAAUGAGAGGCCAGAGGACGAGAAGGGAUCCCCUGCGAAGCCAGCUCAAAACGGGCACGCCCAAUCCCUGGAGCUUAUCGAGGCGGCUUACGGUGCUUCCGCUUCUGCUGUUAGGACAGAGAACGAAGAGCAAAUAAUUGAGGCGGCCCUUGAGACUGCCGCCUCGGCGGGGGCAGUGGCCAGCGUGGAGCUGGCUCCGGAUCACGAGCUGAUCGAGUACAUCAUCAAGCGCAUUCGCAACCAGACGCACAACAACACGAUUAUCAAUGACUCGCUGCUGUCGGAGGUCUCCAAGCUGACGGCGACGGCCGCACAAAACUCUGCCGCCAGUUGGGCUCAAAACACUUCCUCGCCCCUCAUUUCGCCCAAGCGGAUCUAUGCCAAGAUUAAGAAAAUGGAUAUACCCCGGCAACGGGAUGAGUUCCUGCUCUGGUAUCGCUCGUAUUUGGAGCAACUCUUUGUUGUGGAGCAUCCGAGACCAGACUGCCAUGCCAAGUCCAAAGUGUCGUCCACCAGCAGUCCCAAAAAGCAGACCAAUAAGCGAGUGCGCGAGCAGUCGCAGUCCCAGUCGCAGGACUCCAACAAUGAUGCCGAUCUUGCCGAGGCUGACCAGAAGAAUGUGUCCUCCUCCAAUGGCAACGUGGACCUCGAGUGCGAGAACAACGAGAAUCCCGAUGAGGAGGCCGAUGCGGAGGCAGAUGGUCUCGCUGCCGGCGAUGAUUCGGGGGACGUGGAAAAGCAAGAUAUCAGUCUAGACUAGCUACGAUAUAACCAACCCAACGUACACACACGCACAUACACACACAUUCCUAAUCUCACAUAAAACAUUGGACACAUACAUAUCCAUAUAUGUAUGUAUGUAUGGGUAAUCCUUCCUCGCUCACUCCCAUCUUUUGUUUGUUUCCGUUUAGUUUUCACUUUGAGUUUUAGUUAUUUUUACUUUAAAAUACAUUAUAUAACAAUUAAA